GAAGUGACGAGUCUCGGUACACCGUUACUGGCUUGAAGCAUUCAAUGUGCUCGAGUGGUUUAAAUCACAGGAAUCCCUCAGAAAUGGCAGAUGACGAGAUCAAGCAACGUCGCGAAAGGGGUAAAAUUUCCCAGCGAGCAUUCAGACAGAGGCAGAUUGACACAACCCGCGAACUUCGAGAAGAAAAUGGAAAGCUCCGGGCUGCAAUCGCCUCGAUAAGCGGGGCGGCGUCUCAGGGAAACGUAGCUCUGCAUAUUGCCAUGGCGGCGGCUUGUGAGGCAGCAGGGGUUCACGAUGAAUUCAGUAGUAUCGUUGACUUCAUGGGAAUUCCACCGGUCGACUGCGGCUCAAUUCCCAGAGCGAGUGAAAUCGUGUACCAUUUCUCUGGGCAGGCCAAGGCAGCUCAGGGGCCAGAUGCGGCACAGACACUGACGCAAUUCACAAACGCAGAAAAGUCGCAGUGGCAUACUAACAAGAGCCCGAAGGCCGUACAGAGUCUCUUCAUGAACUGGGAUCGCGAUCUCCAACCUCAAUCCGAACUCAUCGAUCUCUCUAUCGAUCCGUCAACUCAACCACAUCCAGAACCAAUCCACCCGGUCUCCUUUACCACAUCAAUGCUCAUCCAAACCCCCUCUCCCCGCUGA